GGGGUGGGAUUAUCUGUUUGGUGUUGCGAUUGCGGGUUUGAGGCCUUGGGUUUGUUUCGUUUUUGCCUGUCCGUGAGGAGUGAGGCCAUGGCAGUCGGUACUGUGUUCAUGGUGCUGUAUCUGCUCGUGGUGUUGGCGUUGUCUGAAUCCUCCAAGAGCUCUGAAGAUGUGAGAUGCAAGUGCAUCUGUCCUCCAUACAGGAACCUGACAGGCCACAUUUACAACAAAAACGUCUCCCAGAAAGACUGUAAUUGUCUGCAUGUUGUGGAGCCCAUGCCAGUGCCUGGCCGGGAUGUGGAGGCUUACUGUCUGCUGUGUGAAUGUAAAUAUGAAGAAAGAAGCACCACUACAAUUAAGGUAACAAUCAUUAUUUACCUGACUGUUGUUGGAGCUCUGUUGGUGUACAUGGCAUUCCUGAUGAUAGUGGACCCACUUAUCCGAAAGCCAGAUUCAUACAUUCAGCCUCUGCACAAUGAGGAAGACACUGAGGACACACGCCCAUUUGCUCCAUCCCAUGGUCAAGCCCGUGCCAAUACUGUUCUCGAGAGAGUGGAGGGAGCCCAGCAGCGGUGGAAGCGUCAAGUGCAGGAGCAACGGAAAACUGUCUUUGACCGACACAAAAUGCUUAGCUAAACGUCACGUCUUUCAACUCAUUGAUUCAGGCCUAGUCAUGUUUUCACUUUGAAGCAUGAAAGUUGGUGUUAAUUCUGAAAACUUAAUGCUUUCUCCCAGCUUUAUUUUAACCAGUCCGGUUAUAUGCAUCACACAUCAAAGUGAAGCAUUUAAACAGUUUGCAUGGUAUUCCCUUUGAGGAUGUGACUCUGUAAAGUGAAUCCCCUAAUGUCCCCUUUAAGUGCAGCUCCCUAAUUAAAUGUUCAAAAGAAUACAACCCUGCACGUGUGAGGAAGCUUUGGUAGAAAAAUAUAUAAUAGAGCUUCACUGCCAAAACCCAAUCGAAAUUCUCUCUGCUUUUUCUGUUAAAGGGACAGGGUGCUCUAUGCAUUCCCCCAUCUCCCCCCCAAUCCCAUGAUGAUGUGAAUUAAGAGUACUACCCCAUUCACGUUGUAAGUAAAGGGGACUUUCUUGAUCACAUCCCCAAAGUGCCCUGAGAUAGUAGUUCAAAGUAAUCAAGUACGGAGAAGAAAAGCCUGAGAGACAGCAGUAAGUGUACAGAUCACUUUUCUUCUUUUUCUUUCUUUGUCACUCUCCUCUCGCUCUCAUGUUUAGUAUGAUAUGCUGGUCCAAUAUUCUAUAUACUGCACUGUGAAACUUUGUUCUGUGAAACAGUUUUCUCUCAAAUUUUUGUCAUGGAGAGGUGGCUGCAGUUUACAAUUAGUCCUUCCACUGGAAAUGUUUUACAGGAGAUAAAGGAAUUUGUGCUAUAAAUGGAAAAUAAGUUUGACCACUGUAAAAAAAAAAAAACUUGGUUUACAUUUGCUAUCACCCAUAGUGAAUGUAGGCACAAAUUCCUCCUCAUACUUAAUGAAACAGAGUUUUACAGUGCCCUGUUGUGUAAGUGCUUUCUGUUGUUACUUGGUGCUGUUUCUGGUAUUCGAAUGCUGAAUGCCACGUGUUUCAUAUUGACAUGUUCUUCCUAUCCUGAUCACCCUUAAUAUUCUUUUUCAAUAAUGUAGAGCUCAGAUUUAGAGCUUUUGAACCUUGGGUUCUAUUCUUGAUUUAUUAGUUUUCAAGCAUCUUGAAGUGUUUUGUUACUUUGGGAACUUGCUUUAAAGGAGUACACUUGGGCUAAGUCCUAGUGUAAACAUUUUUUUUAAAAAGAUUACAAGGAAACUCGCUUUGAGGUGGCUUGCUCCUAGAUUAAUGGGAUGCUGCCUUUCAGAAUGAGCAGAAGCACAGUACAUUAUUUAAAGGAUGCUUUGUCAUUCAGCCUCUACUCCCACUGCCCAGGCUGGAAGAAGUCCAAGUGCAGACUCCCUGGCCCCCUUACAGAGUAUGUUUUAACAUUUGUGUUUCAGAAUAAGCCCAGUGCUGAUUGGUGUGAUGUAAGUUUCUUGAUGUAUGUUCACUGCUUGGCCACUCUUGUGUCUAAGUGUAAUUGUUGCUGUGGAAACUCUGCAGCUCGCUAACGUUUAUAAAGCCCUAGAGUAUAGCCUUUUUUAUUCAGAGGUGACAUAUAAACUUGGACAGUAGAUUUGUGUUAUACUUAGAGUAUUAUUAUGUUGUUCUGCAGCGAUGGUAACAUGGUACCGUGACAAACAGCUAAUAAUGCAGGUUGUCGUCUCCAUUAUUUCAUACAGCUACUCAUUUCUGCACUAUUGGUCGGUUGAGGUAAUUCCUUUGUUGCCUGUUAAGGAGUUAAUUUGAGAUGUCUCAACACUCCUUCCAAACAAGCAAACAGUAGAAUUUAGACUAAUAUUUUAAUGGAAGUGGAUAUGGAAACUCCAAUGUAUUUGGAGUUGUAUUUAUAGAGAUCCAGAUAACCUGGGAUCUAGUGAACUUUUAUUAAGAUGGAUGACCACAGCUGAUGCCACCGUGCCAUAGUGUUUUAUUGUAUCAUGGAAUGGCUGGACAUAAAUUGGUUUCUGAAACUCUUGUGUCUAGCCACGAUUAAUUUGCUAGGGAGGACUGGGAGUAGAGCAGUAUUGGCCAAGAUCUGAGGAACAGGUUUACCUAUUUGCUCUUAGUUGACAAGUAAUGUACUAUAGCACAAGGUAAAGGGCAAAAAACAAUUAUUAGAAUUCUAUUGUUGAAAAUCAUCUGCAGUUAAAGUAUCUCCCUGUCAUACAUGUGUUGGAGAUGACUAACUGACCAAAUAGAAUAUGUUUCGCACAAUCCACCGAUCCUAGUUGAGCAAGUUAUAUUCACAUUGAACAGACCUCUGUUGUACAGGCCGGAAUAAAAAAGGAGCAAUUCCUGUCCUGUGUCAUAUAUCAGCCCUUACAAGGCAAGGGUGCUACCAUGUGUUGCUGAGAGAAGAUCCAGCAGGUCAGUCAGCUCUUCUAAUGGAGACUUUGUAGGAAAUCACCAAAUGCAAUUCUAUUUUGUCAAAAACGGGUUCUUUAAUUUUAAAUAAAGGAAUACCAUCUGAAAGAGGAAUAAAAAUAUUGAGAAGUAUCCCAAUGAAGCAAAGGAGCUGAGUCAAAGUUGAAGCUUUAGACAUUAAAGCGAUGUUUAUGGUGCCUGCAAACUGGUUGCUUGUUUUUCAGCCUUUUCAAAGUUUGUAGGUAACCCGCCUUGAGCAAGUUGGCAAGAGGAAUUCUGCAUUGUUGGCAAAAGAGUUUAAUGCGUGAAGUCUUUUAGUCUAGCCUCAGUUUGGCAUGGCUCUGCCCAUGAAAUCUUCCUGCUCUUUGAUCAUAUCUUAACAGUAGCGGUCAGGUUACUAGUUUUGUGAUCAUACUUGUUACAGGUUCAAGUCCAUGGACUCUGUAAUGCCUGUACCUUAAUCUAUCUCUGUGAUUGGCUCAAUUGAUUUCCUGUAUCUAACCUUUUUACCUCUUUGAGUUAGAGAAGGGAAAGAAGAUAAAAGGUAUCAUCACCAUCUUUCUCCAGUGUAACUACACUUACAUUGGGCCAAGUCAUAUUACAGUCCCAAUCUUUCAGGAAGUCCCUUGAAUCUUUUUGAAGACAAGUUGUUGUUGAAACUUGUAGAGGGGGGUCAGUGCCCAUUUAAAUUGAAGGUUCUCCAAUACGCCACUGGAAUCUCCUGGCUAUUCUUGGUUUAUGUAGGUCAGCAACUAGUCAGUGCUGCGGUGUGUACCACUUACGUUGGAAAUUUCUGUGUUGCAUUUUUGUAAAAAAAAAAGUAUUAAAAGUUAUUUUGUGAAUACUUCCACUUUGCACAAUGGAAUCUAAUGUCUAAAUACUGACUUUAACAGAGACUUUUUGUGUAACCUGCUGGUUGCAGGAAUUUCCAUGUGUUUGCAUGUUGACAUAGAAAGGCCAAGGUGCAGUGGAUAACCUGAGAAGUGAAGUCAGUAUUUAUUUUGUUACACUCAUGGGCUGACAAUAUUCUAAAACAAAUUGGAGAUUGUGUACAUUCAGUACAUAACAUCAGACAGUCCUAAUGUCCAGGAAAUCACUUACCAGAUCAUCACCUGCUAACAUUAGUAACAAAAUCUAACAUUGCCCUUCCCAUCAGCUAGUCUGGACUUUGAGAUUUCUUUAAUCUGUGGAUCAGCUCACAUUUUUGUAGAUUUGUCAACUCUGAUUUGAUUCCUCUUGGUUCAUUUUCCUCUGAAAAUCAAAUUAGCUACUACCUGCAAAGCAUGCUCAGGAAGCUCUUGCUGCAAAAUUAAACAACACUUCAGCGUUAUCUAAAAUUUUCUGGCUUAAAUGAACACAAAUUGUAAAAGAUACUAGGUUACACUUAGCUUUGUUGGUACUUUUCAUAAUGGGAUAACUGGAUACAGCGACACUGUUAAUUAUUGCCUACAUAAUCACUACACUUCAAAUGUAAUUCAUUUUGUGAAGUGUUUUGAGAUGCUUCAAUGCGAUAAUGUGCUUUGGAAAUAUGCAAAUUAAUAUAUACCUUAGUCAUUGCACUGUUACUUGUACAAAUUUACUAGAAAAGAACUAUUUGAGGUUGUAUAAUUAUUUGUUAACUAGAAUGUUGUUUUUUCUGAACUGUGAUUGGUAAUUUUGUUGUUUUAAAUAGAAAUAAGCUGCAUCAGUUUUCUUUGAGAUAUAUCUUCCCUUUGAUGCUGUCCCGAUACCUGUAGUCUGAAUAAGUGUCUAGAAUUGCAGCUUUUGAUUCAUGGUAAACCCAGUAUGGAUUUUGCCCCAGCUUGAAAUUUGCAAAAUAACCCGCCCGAGACAAAAGCUCUGGUACGACAAAUAUUUCUCCAGGGGAUGAAGUACGUGUUAGCAUGGGCCUUGAGCGUGUCAGAUCAUUUGAUCUGUGCUGAUUGUAGCAGAGGGAGAAAGACGCAAUGCAUUGUGAUCUGAUCAUCUCACCACACACACAGGACAAGGCAAAAGCCUACACACUAAAGCAGGAAUCUUUGGAGAUGUUCUGUAAGCUGAGCUAGUUAACCUGGGCACAACUUGAUAAAUGUGUUUAUUCCAGCGGCAAUAUCGUUCUGACAUUGUGUAAAAGCGCCACAAUAUCCCCAAUAUCUGUCCUUUUUUCCCCUCUAAUGGUCUCACUGGUACUUAAGAGCUUAACGUCUCACUUUUUCCGCAUGUGAUUUACUGACUUGAAGUGGAACCAUUUUGUUGUGUGUUCAAUUUCAAUGCUUUUGCCCCUGUAGAAAUGACCUGUUUUAUUUUCUAUUUUAUACACUGCAAGAGGAAUCCAACACAUAAUAAAGAUUACAAGAAGCA